AUGGGUGUUGCGUUGCUAAGUCUGUCCAUCAUAGUCCUGAUUGCAGCUUGCUUCACUCUAGCAUCAGCUUACCAAGUCUCGCAGAGUCUCAUGCGCUUCGAAAACACGGCUUACAAUAUCCUUGACGACGUUGACGACUUUCAGGAUGAACUUUUUGAGGAUGUACGGCAAUUGUUUAAUAUCAGCACCCUGUCCGGUACUAUCAAAGACAAUUUGAAUGAUGUCAUAGAUCUGAUGUUUUCCACGUUCCACACCGGAUUGGCUGGAAUCAUGGGACCAAUGAGUAAUACACUGUCACAGUUCUCAACACUUUUCACCUCUGACCGUCUACCGGAUAUAGUCCGUGCUCCGUCACUCCAGGGUAUGUUUGAUCAGCUAGUGGAAGCCAUUUUUCAGACUAUUGCAGAUUUAAUCGACGAUGUCAAGCAGCUCUGUGUUAGAUAUAUUGGGAAUAUUCUGGGAAUCUGCAACCUCAUCCCCAGCCCGUCAACGUUUCUCGACGAUCUCUCCUUUAUAAAAAGGGGUCAGUCUGACGGAAGUGUCCGCAUCAUUGGUGGGCAUUGGUGCACUGGUUGGUGA